UGUGAUGCAUUUAUUCUCAGGCGGUCGUCAAGCCUCAGUGCAUCAAUGUAAUCCAUGAAAGAACUAAAGGGAAAGCUUGCUCUGGAGCUCGUCGACGCAAUGUUGGGCAAAUUCUUACUAGUGUAGAUGAAAGAGAUAUGAAACAAGAACUUGCUGCUGACCUUGAGUUGAUUCAGAUUAUGGACCGUUAUUUGGAAAAUUUAUCUGGUGGAGAGCUUCAGAGCUAUGUGAUUGUGGCAGAGUACGAUCUUAGUGUGCUUGAUUAUAUGUCCGACAUCAUAUGCUGCCUUUAUGGGAGACCUGGUAGAUAUGGGGACGUUACUCUUCCGUUCUCUGUCAGAGAAGGGAUUAAUAUUUUCCUCUCUGGAUUUGUGCCAACUGAAAGUUUCUGGUUUAGAGAUGAAUCUCUUACAUUGAACGUUGCAGAGACUCCACCAGAGGAAAGUGAAACAUGUGCAAGACACAAGUAUCCAAGCAUGACUAAGACUCUUGGAAACUUCAUGCUCAAGGUGGUGGAGGGUGAAUACACUGAUUCUCAAAUUAUUGUGCUGCUUGGAGAAAAUGGGACAGGAAAGUCAACCUUCCUACAGAUGCGGGCUGGCUUUUUGAAGCCUGAUUCAGUAGAAGGAUCUGAUGUGGAAAUUUCUGACUUGAAUGUCUCUUACAAGCCACAAAGAUUGACUUCUAAAAAUGAGUUUACCGUGAGAAUUAUGUUGGAUUUCAUAUGCCAUGAUUCGUACAUGGAUCCUCGGUUUGUAUCUGAAGUGAUGGAGCCUCUGUCGAUUCAAAAGUUGAUGGAUAAAGAGCUUGUGAAUCUUUCUUUUUGGAGAAUUACAGAGGGUUGCCUCACUCUUUGUCUUGGAAAGCCAGCUGAUAUAUAUGCGAUAGAUGAACCAAGUGCAUUUCUUGACUCAGAGCAGCGCAUCGUUGUUUCAAAAGUCAUAAAGAAAUUCAUACGUCAACGGAAGAAGACUGCAUUUAUUGCAGAGCAUGAUUUUAUCAUGGCAACAUACCUUGCUGAUAGGGUGAUUGUGUACGACGGAAAGCCAUCUGUUGGUUGCGUUACCAAUUCGCCUCAAUCACUAAUGACUGGAAUGAACCUCUUCUUAUCUCACCUGGAUUUCACAUUCAGUAAGGACCCAACAAGUUUGCUGCCUAGGAUCAACAAACUGGAGUCGAUCGAGGAUCGGGAGCAUAAGUCCUCUGGACCUCACUAUUAUAUGGAUGACUAACUUGAACCAUUAUGCUUCCUGGUUACCACAUUCCAAUGCUUUGGUUUAUUAUCAAACUCAAUGCUAAGACAAAAUAUCCAACAUCAUUUUAAGAUAUGAUAUAUAAAAUUCCGUAGAUGUCA